AUGAAAACAGGACUACUUCAUUCAGGAAGCACCUCCGGAGGGCCUGCUAGGUCCCAGUCGCAGCAGCCCAGGGAAAGCAAGCUGCCUGCCUGCUGGGUGCUGGGUGCGGUUCACGCCGAGCAGAGCGUCAGCUUGCGGAGUGUGAAGUCAGUAAAUCGCUCAGACACCAAGAGGACGACGGCUCACAGGCAAGAGGCAUCGGUCAAGUUUCUUUCAGCGGAAAGAAACAGAACCUCAAUGUUCAAGUGUAAUCGGAAAAGGGCUUUGACGGGAGGGUCCUCAGGCGCCCUCAGACCGCGAGGAAGGGCGGCAGGACAAGGGGGCCCCGCGCCGGCCCGCUGCACAGGGCUCCACCGCCCGCUCCGCUCGGCCGCGCCGCCGUCUCCCCUCCCUCCGCAGCGCCGGACCACGUUUCCCGUAAGCGCGCGGCCCCGCGGCCCCGGAGGGUCCCGCCCGGCCGUCACUGCCCACGCAAGCAGCGGCCUGGUGUCCAGACACGCACGGUGA